AUGAACACCACAGGCCCAGCUGACAACAAGGGCCCCGUCGAGACUCGUACCAGCCGGGCUGGGCGAGCUCUCAAGGCCCCCAAAGCUUACGCUCCGGUUCCGACAGCCUCCACCACCGGUAAGCGUCCGACCCGAAAGAAGGCAAUUGUUUGUGUCAAGUGCCACCGGGGUCAUUCCCCGAACACAAACAUGAUCGUCUUCUGUGACGGUUGCGACGCCACCUGGCACCAACUGUGCCAUGAUCCGCCUAUCGACGAUCAGGUGGUCCUGGAGAAGGACACCGCGUGGCUCUGCCGAAGCUGCUCGCCUGUGCGGCGUUCAACCCCGGCCCGUCCGGCAAAAGUGAAGAAGGCAAAGCGCAUUCACCCGCGCUUGCAGAAAGGACCGCGACUCGAGGUCCCUGGGGGCGAACUUCCCGUAGAUGAGCGCCGCGCAUACCUGUCCCGGCUUUCACAUGCUGAGUUGGUCGAGCUUGCUGUGAAAGUUUCGGAGAACAACCCACAGGUACCCAUGUUUCCCACCAACAUGGCCGGGCUCCCUACCUCUCAGUUCGUCGCGACCCAGACCAGUCCCGACCCCUCUGCCGCCAAGUCGAAGAAGAGAAAGCUCGAACAGACGGAAACCAGCCGCGCCACCAAGAGAUCCCGCACCACAGCCGGAACGUCAAAGGGAAAGGCGCCUCGUGCUCGUUCAGCACCGGCCUCAGCAACAGUGUCGGCCCCAGGUCUUCCUUCCAAGAGAGAUCUGGCCUACCGACAGGCUCUGCUCCGGUACUCCACCGCGUACGAUGUACCUUUCCGGGGGAACCCUCUCAAGGAACCCUCCACCGUUGACGGCUCCGAAGCCCCGUCUGUAACGGACCGUGAAACCUCACCAGCGCUCUCCGAGCCUCGUGACAUCUCUCCGCCAGCUGAAUUUUCCGAGCAAGAAUUGCCAGAAGUCGAAUCUUCGUCCGAUGCCUUUGAACCAGCCAUCGACCCUCGCUAUGAGCACCGUGUCUACCCCAAAUCCGGUCAUGGAUUUACUAUCUCCUCAAACCCCGCCGACCUUGACAUUCUUCGAGAACGUGCCGACUACGAAACCUUCAGCCAUAGCCUUCAUGGGCCAGCCAAGGAUCCAGAGAGUUUCCAGGCCGCUCAGAAUGCUGCAGCUGCUACCAAAGAGUCUGUACCCCCUAAGUCUUCAAAAUCGCGUUCUUCGAAAUCUGCUCCCCCCAAACCCCAAUCUGGUUCUUCAAAACCUGGUUCUUCCAAAUCUACAUCUUACAAUCCUGCUCCCCCCCCAAAUCCCGUUCUUCCAAAUCCGCCCCCUCUAACCCUGCAUUUUCCGAUUCUGCUCUCAAACCUGCUGCUUCUAAAUCUCGUUCUUUGA